UGCUGCCACUUACAGGAGGGAAACAGCGCUCAGGGUGACCUGCCCCCCAGGGAAAGGCAGGGCUAGUAUGGAGGACUAGGGGCUCCAGGGCUUCCACAGCCAGAGCAGGGGAAGGUGUGAUGGCGGUUACUCUUGGCCAUUGGCUUCCAGCCCCAGCACUCCUGUCACUCACCCAGCCCAGAGGCAGCCCCAGCUUCUCGUGAUCACCCCUUUGGUUGGCAUCCCCAACAGAAGUCUUUGCCCCCAUUCAUGCUUCCACCCAUGCCUGGAUUGGCUUCUGCCAAUAAAUCUAGUUACCCCAGUAACCUUCUGGCUUCCUGCCAGGGCUGGUCCUACCCAACCCCACUCCCCUUUCUUUGUCGGCAUUUCCUGUUCUCAGGAAAAGCACAGCACUGAGAGCCUCUUUGUCUGAUUCUCUGGCCAGAUUUGGCACUGCAUGUGCAUGGCAUUUACCACCUGUCCCUGUAGCCUCCUGUGGAAACAACAAGGUGUUUGAGUGGCCCCUGAACUGGUGGAGCUUGCUCUGUCAAGCAACCCCUGGCCUGUGUAGCCAGUCCAGGUGGCUGGUUGUGCACUUAGGUACACAGAGAGGGCCCGGCUAGAACAGCCUCCCUGACAAAGUUGGUAUAAAUCAGGUUGGUUCAAAGGGAGAAAGUCCUUUUUUGGCCAGAGGAUUGCUCCCUAAUGGGUCAGUCCUGUAUCAGAAUAGUUUAGUUAAGAGAAGAGCAUGACCCCUCCCUGCUAAUUCCCAGUCCUCCUUUCUCCAUUUUGGACAGGAGCAAGUGGCAAGAAGCUAUUCCACAAAUCUAGUUCCCCCAGUAGCCGCCUAGCAACCUGCCGGUGCUGGGUCGUACCCCACCUCAUCCGCUUCUCCUUGUGGGCAGUUCAUGUUCAUGGGGAAAGAGCAGCACUGAGAGCCUCUUUGCCUAGUUCUCUGGCCAGAUGAUACCACUGUGUGUGCGGCUGUGGCAAGACUCCAUGAGGGAAGUGCACAGAUAGCAAGAAGGGUCAUGUGUCCCGGCUUAGAGUUAGUGUUACCACGUAUGUGACAUGUAAGCGUGUUUUUACUGUAGGGCAAAUGGAAGUCAAGCCUACAUUACUCCUAAUUAUAUCUGGUUUAGUCAUACCACCUCUGCUGGUCCUGGAAACUAAUGGAGAAUUUUAAUAGCAAAGAUAAAGUGAUCCCUAGAAUUUUCUGAAGCUCACAUGGCUUGUCUCUUGGUUUGGCCAAGGACAGGGCCAUUCUGGUGUGUACAGAUCUUUCUCAGGUGGGAGGGUUGAAUCCAUUGCUCAUUGUCUGUGCUGCGAGGCCUUUAGUCACUUAUUCCAACUUCUUGGUGCUUCCCUGUUAGGGAGGAGAUCGAUAAGGCCUCUGCCCACUGUGGAGCUGCUAGCUUCCAAGAAGCCGGUAAAUUGUGUUAUCUGAACACUUGGAGGUCCCACAUAAGGUAGUAGGUUGUUUAACGUUGAUGGCCUGGGACACAGUGUAGCUCCAACACAGUAAGCGGUUUCCGUUAGUCUGAGAAUUCCAUCAUAUGCUUUGAAAAGGAGUAAGCUGCCUCCCGUUGAAAGGGUCUGAGCAGAAUCCUCCACUUCCAUCCUGACACCCACAGGGUUAGAAGGAAUGGUGUGCAAGGUAUAGAAUCGAUAGGAAUGAAGGCCAGACCUUUGUGUGGUAUUGCAGAUGCCCACCUGGUAGAUGCAGACAGGAUUGAGCCCUGGAAAUGCAAAACUUGUGCAUUUGCUAGGCCACCAUUUUCUUCAACAUUUUUUUUAAUGGUUUUGCCUUCAACAGUCGUCAUUUCAAGGAGCUUCUCCUGAUUAUGUCCAUCCUAGUUGAUUUCUCCCUUUGUAGCAUCUCAUAUAUGACUUGGAAUGAACUCCCAUGGACUUAUUUUUAUUCUAUUUUUUUAUAGGUAUCUGUCUAUUAUCUCAUAAUAAACUUACGUAGCAUAGGGGAAAAUAAACAUGACUUGUCAGGCACAUUGGUAAGUAAGAUUAUGAAGGGGCUGCUUAUCCAGACUAAUAACCACCUGAAAUCUCUCUUCGGAACUAUCAUUUCCAUGAAAAUCAUUGAAUUUCAGACCUUCUUACCUGGUUGCUGAAGGGCCUCUGGUGGCACUGUUAACCUAGUUCAGGUAGCUGAAGGCUUCGAGGGAACCCUGACCUAGAGACAUGUCAGUGGCCCUGGGAGAAGAAAACGCAGAGCUGGAGGCAUCCGCAGACCCAAAGGGCCUGUCCUGUGGGAGGCGGAGCUGCAGGGCGCCGGCAGUGGACAUCCUGGGGCCUGGGAAUGGGGCGCAGCUGCCACACCUGGGAGCUGAAGGAGGUCCUGCCUCCCCCUUGUGGGGAGCUGAGGGGCUGCCUGCCCCUGCCUGCCCUGGCCCCUCUGGAGCAUUCCAGCUGCAGGCCAGCAGUACCAGCCAGGAGCCUGGAGCCAGUGGCUGUCAGCCUGCUCUCAGUUGCCUGCUUCCUCCUGCUGGUGUGGGGACUAGAGACCUUCUGCACUCGGUGGGAAGCCAGAUGGAGGAGCCCAAGCUUUCUGCCUCAGAGGCACUACCUCAGACUCUAACUGUUUCUGGAGCCACAGCUCUUUGCUCAGGGCAUGAUGCCGAUACUGAAGACAACCCAUCCCCAGCUGUGUCACCACAGGUGCUGGACCUCAGCAGACAGCCUCGCGUCUCAGGUUUCCCUUUCCCAUCAAGGUUGAGGUCCAUGGUGAGCCAAGGGGCCACUGCUCCUCAGAUUUCUGGCUGCUGCAUCUCUGCCUCAUCCCCAGACAGCAGUCUUCAGGGUCACCAAGAGAAGGCAGAGCCUCAGAGUUGCUCCCUUGCCAAGGUCUCCUCUUCCCUGGAGGUGGUUGUCCCCCAGUCAGCCCCCUGCGUGGUGGGGCCAGGGCUCCAGUGGUCGCCAGAGCCUGUGUCCUCUGGGGGUGAUGCUCCUGGGCUGGGCAGGAGGCGCCUCUCCUUCCAGGCUGAGUACUGGGCCUGCAUGCUGCCAGAUACCCUGCCUCCUUCCCCCAACCGCCAUUCGCCACUCUGGAACCCGAAUAAAGAGUAUGAAGACUUGCUGGACUAUACUUACCCACUUAGGCCCAGGCCUCAGCUCCCAAAGCAUCUCGACAGCUACGUGCUAGCUGACCCUAUCCUGCAGGACUCAGGCGUAGACCUGGAUAGCUUCUCUGUCUCCCCAGCAAGCACCCUAAAGUCACCUACUAAUGUCUCCCACAGUUGCCCAUCAGAGGCCACUGCCCUGCCAUUAUCUGGACCCAAGGAGCCACGCCUUAAGCAGGGCAGUGUGGGGUUGGCAUCUUGUAGCCAGUUUGCAUCUACUCCCAGAGCCCCAGGCAGAAGGGACUCUCCUUGGGAGAGCAGAACACCAGCCCUGAGAGGCAUGAAGGACCGUCUACCCAUGGGCAGAAACCUUGAGGUGGGAUCUCCCGAGCUGAGGGCACAGGACAGAGGGUGGCUCUCACGAAGGCCGGACAGAGAGAAUGGGGCUUGCCAGGGUGUGCAGCGCCCUGCCUACACAGAGUCUGGAUGGAAAUUGGAAGAGGAGCUGGAAAGUGACGAUGAAUACCUUGCUCUGCCCACUAGGCUGUCACAGGUUUCUAGUCUGGUGUCGUAUUUAGGUUCCAUUCCCACCUUGGUGACCCUGCCCACUGGGGUGGCUGAAGGGCAGAGCUCCCUGGACAUGUUGGACAGUGAUGCACCAACUUCCCUCCCAUCGGACUCAAGCCAAAGCCAGCUUCUUUCUGGAGCUGCCCUCAGAGGUCCCAGGGCCCCUGAAGGCCAGAACCAUUGUUUGCUGCACUCCUUCAUCCAUGCAAGGGACUCUGCAGUGGAGGGCAGUCUGGUGAGCAGCCAGGCUCUGGGAUUCCCUUCUGGACCAUUGAGAACAUGCUGCUCCUUGCCAGCUGUGUCGGACCAGCAGGCAUUCUCCGACCCAGAUGCUGAAGGGCAGGCUCCCAGGAAAGGAGGAGAGGAGGGAAAAGAAUCGCUCGUGCAGUGUGUGAAGACAUUUUGCUGUCAGCUGGAAGAGCUGAUCCACUGGCUGUAUAAUGUAGCAGAUGUUACCAACCACUCGACUCGAUCCAAGCCCAGUCUUACAGGUCUCAGGUCUUCUCUGCAGCUUUACCGGCAAUUUAAGAAAGAUCUAGAUGAACACCAGUCCCUGACGGAGAGAGUCUUACAGAAAGGGGAGCUCCUUCUUCAGUGCCUGCUAGAUAAUACCCCAGUGUUAAAGGAUGUCCUUGGGCAGAUCUCAAAGCAGCCCAGUGAGCUGGAGAGCCACGCAGACCGCCUCUAUGAGGCUAUCUUAACCUCUCUGGACAUGCUGGCGGGCUGCACCCUCAUCCCUGACAGUACACCAGUGGCAUGCAGGAGUGCUGAUGUGAAGGGCAUUAGUCUGCUAAAAGCUAUUGAAACAAGAUGUUGGGAGGAGUUCCUGGUACAAAAAGGGAUGAGCUACUACUGCCAGGAGGAAGGCUCAUGGUGGUGGUGCUUCCCAUUACUUCAGUUCACCCCUGUUGUUGGCUGAAGACUAGCAUGCCUGCCCCAUACUCCCAUUUGUCUGUGACUACUUUUUUCUGUCUGCACAUGUAUGCUUCUUCAGUACAGGACCAUAUCAGGCUGCCCCUCUUCUGUAGGCUCUUUUCUCCCAACUUUGUUUUCAAGCAACUCUUGACAGCACCAAGUGCCCAGAGACCCAGAGUCAGUGGUAACUCCCCACACCUUCUCUGCAUCUUCCCUUACCACUCCCUUUCCAAAAAGGCUCGGGGGCUAGAUGGUGGGCAACAUGCCAGGGAAACUUUACAGUGUCUUUUGGAUGUCUGGAAAUGUCAAUGGAAGGAUACAAAAGCGGGGCUGAGAGAGCAGAGGGGUUUGGUACCCACUGUGGGGUUGCCACUGCCCAACAUGAUUCCACAGGUGGACUGUACUUUCUCUGAAACAACUUCUCCAAAAUAUGGUGCUUAACUCACAGAUUUUCCAGGUGAAAAUUCACUGUAGAUGAAAGGUAAAGGAUAAAAUCCAGGUAUGUUAAGAACAAGGAGUCCCUGUAUUUGUAUCAAAGAAAUCGGAGCAAUAGUCAUUUUAAUUCUAAAAUGAACAGAGGUGAUUGUUGUCAUUUCUUUCACUGAAGCAUUCUGUCAGUAACAGAUGUUUCUCUGUCUCUUUCAGGCAUCUUCUCAGGCAGGGAUGUAAUCUGUCAGCCAAAACCCUGCUAGUGGGAAACUUACACGAAGUCCAUGAAAGAGCCAUUUAACACUGAAAUCAAGGGGCAAACUUAACUCUAAUGCACUGGCUUUAAAUUGCCUUUCUCUUUCAUUAAGUGAGGGCUGUUGCAUUACUGUUUUUAUUUAAAAUGAAUCCUUCCAAACCAGUUUUCUGGUGCAUCUAUGAAGAGCAUUGUGGCUUUGCAGUUUUUGAUAAAA